UGUUUGUCGCGAAGUUUAAACGCGUUUGUUUGCUUGGUUUUUUAGCAAUUAUUUAUUUAAUUUAGCUAUUAUGGCUAAGUAAAGUUAAUUGCCUAUAAGGAAAACACAUUUUCACCAUUUUCAAUUGGAUUUUUUAGAAAUUGUCGUAAAUUUUUCACUCCAAUAAAACACCGAGAAAAAUGAAGAAAAAAAUGACUGUCGAUCAAAGACUUGCGGCAACAAACAUUAACGUCGACGACGUUAGACACUCAAAAUAUUGACGGCGUCUAAAAGUCAUUUGUAUGCCGACAAAAUUUUUCUCCGUGGUUUUAAAAAUAUAUAAUAUAUAUUAAAAAUAUAUUAUACGAACGACAAUCGGUCCAUACUUCCCAUAAGUUUUGUUUUUUAAAAUAAAUUAUUGUUAAUUCAAAAGAGCUUAGUAUAUAAUUGACUUAAGAUACUCUGAUAAGUUGAACGUAGCAUUAUUAUAAUAUAACACAGCAACUGAAUUUAACAGAAGUGUUUGAAUUUUAACGGCGGCUUAAAGUUAGCCAUGUUUUCAGCUGCUUUUUUUUAAUUUCAGUUAACAUCUCAAGUGAAUGCCAAAAUAAAACAAAACAAGCAUUUGUUUUUAUUAGGAAGAAUACAACGUUUUGAAGUAAAUUGUAAAUUUUUUCACAAACUUAAAAAAAUGAGUUCGCAAACAGUGCGUACGCCUGUUUCACAAAUUAUUCACAGUAAAGAUGAGUUGGAAGAGGAAGAGCCAAAGAAAAAGUCCCGUGAGGAUUGGCGUAAAGCCAAAGAGCUAGAGGAAGCUCGUAAAGCUGGUACUGCGCCGGCUGCUGUCGAUGAAGAGGGACGUGAUAUAAAUCCUCAUAUACCACAAUAUAUAUCAAAUGCUCCUUGGUAUUAUGGAGCUCAGGGACCUACACUAAAACAUCAAAGGCCGCAGCGUGAUGAAGAUAAAGGUGAAUUAGAGCGCAUGGCUCCUAAAGGAGUGGAUACUACACGCCUGGUGACAAAAUUUCGUAAGGGAGCCUGUGAAAAUUGUGGAGCCAUGACUCACAAGCGUAAGGAUUGUUUAGAAAGACCACGCAAGGUUAUAGCAAGAUUUGCCGAGUCUAUAGUUGUGCAUGACGAGCAUAUAGUGCAGGACAAAUCGGUGAAUUAUGAUGAGAAAAGAGAUCGUUGGAGUUCUUAUGAUCCUGCAAAUCAUCGGGAAAUUAUAGAGGAAUUUGAGAAAGUAGAAGAAGCUAAAAGACAAUUAAAGGCAGAAAAAUUAAAGAAUAAUCCUGAUGCUGAAAUUUCCGAUGAUGACAAUAACGAGGACAAAUACGUAGACGAAGUUGAUAUGCCGGGUACUAAAGUAGAUUCGAAACAACGUAUUACCGUGCGUAAUUUACGUAUAAGAGAAGAUACCGCCAAAUAUCUAAGAAAUUUAGAUCCCAAUUCAGCCUACUAUGAUCCGAAAACCAGAUCUAUGCGUGACAAUCCCAAUCCUCAUACACCAGCAGAUGAAGCCGAAUUUGCGGGAGAAAAUUUUGUACGCUUUAGUGGUGAUACCACAAAGCAUUCGCAAGCCCAAUUAUUUGCCUGGGAGGCUCAUGGCAAAGGCGUUGAUGUGCAUUUGUUAGCUGAACCUACAAAAUUGGAGUUAUUGCAAAAGGAGUAUGACAAAAAGAAAGAUCAAUUUAAAUCAAGUACUAAAGAACACAUUGUGGAGAAAUAUGGUGGUGUAGAACAUUUAGAAGCUCCUCCAAAAUCCUUGCUGUUGGCUCAAACUGAGGAAUACAUAGAAUACUCUCGCAGCGGCAAAGUUAUUAAGGGUAUGGAAAAACCUAAGGCUCGUAGUAUUUACGAGGAAGAUGUCUACAUAAAUAACCAUACCACUGUAUGGGGUAGCUAUUGGAAUGGUGGACGUUGGGGUUACAAAUGCUGUAAAUCAUUUAUUAAAAAUUCUUAUUGUGUGGGCAUGAAAGAUCCCGAAAGUAUAGGAGAAUUUAAAAUGCCCAAUCCUGUGCCCAGCUCCGCAGCAGUUAGCAGGGAAAGAGAAGAAGACAACAACGCAGUUGCUUCCACAUCUAAAGUAAACCCGGAAGAAGACAAUAAUACCAAAUCUAAAAACACAGAUGAACACAAGGAAUCUUCUUCUUCCAGUUCUUCCUCCUCUUCAUCAUCCUCGGAAGAUGAAGAAGAACUACAAAAAGCGGCUUUGGAAAAUAAAAAACUCAAAAAGAAAAUGAAAAAACGCGAAAAGAAAAGAGCUAAGAAACUAAAGAAGAAAGAGAAAAAAUUGGCUAAAGAAAAGAAACGUUUAGAGGAGAAAUCGAAAGGUAAAACGGACAAAGAUAAGAAAGCAGUAUCCGAUAUGCAGGAUGAUAGAAAACGGCCCUACAAUAGCAUGUACGAUGUUAAGGCGCCCACAGAAGAAGAAAUUGAAGAAUGGCAGCGUAAACGCACUAGGGAAGAGGAUCCCAUGUUACAAUUUAUGGACAAAUAAUUGCAAUGCUAUUAAAUGUAUAAUAAAGGUUAAAUAACUAAAGUAACUGUUAAAUCGUGAAUAGAUUUGAAGUUUAGAAUUGGAAAUAGUAUAUAUUUUAAGAUUAGCGUAAAAUUUAUUGAGCUCAACAAUUAAUUGCCUUAUAUUUUUGUUUAGUUUAUAAAACUAAAAGUUUUUAUUAACAUACC